UUUAGUCAGCUAUAGGGUUUUAUUAGUCUUGAGUUUUGUCACUAAAAAAUAAGGUAUAAAGAAGUAAAAAAAUAAACUUAAAGUUCACAUAAGUAGUCGGUACUUGUACUACUUUUUACAUACUUCACUAUCGUCAACAGUUCCAACUUGUUGAAUCUUUUAAUGCCAUAGAAAAAUGUUUUCAUUACGCUCUUUAAGUCAUGGUUUUAAAAAAAUUUUUAGAAAUAAAGAAUUAUUACAUUCAUUGCAACCCAAUGUACGCACCAAAAGUAGCAAAACCUUUGGUCAGCCAACUUCAUUUACACGGCCACAUAUAUUACGGCCGGGAGAGCUUACACCGAAAAUAAACGCAGAUGAAUAUAGAGCUAGGAGGAACAAUGUAGCAGAGCUCAUGCAAGAAGGUGAUUUAUUGAUUACCACUUCUGCUGCUGUGAAAUAUAUGUGUGGUGCAGCUUUUUAUGAGUACCAUCAAGACCCAAAUUUUUACUAUUUAACCGGAUGCUUGGAACCUGAAUCAGUCCUACUUCUACUAAAGGAGAAAGACACGUUUGAAGAUUAUAAGAUCGCUCUUUUCCUUCCACCCAAAAAUUCGUAUGAAGAAAAAUGGGAAGGCUUCCGCACAGGCGUAGAAAAUGGAAAAAUUUUAUUCCAUAUUGAGAACAUUCAAGAAAACUGGGAAGCACCAUUUGUGAUUGAAGAAUUUGGUAAUAGAUGCAAACGGGUAUUCUAUAAUACACAGAGAGGUUACCCUUUCAAUGAUCCCGUAGCUUCUUCCCCUGAUGUUGUGCGAGAUAAAAUCAGGGAGCUGAAGAGCAAGAAGCCAUUUAGAUCCGCUAAUGAGCUUCUUCAUCCUUUGCGAACAAUAAAAAGUGAAAGUGAAAUUUCAUGUCUACAGCGUGCAGCGUCCGUAAGUGGAAAUGCAUACAAGGAAGUAAUGAGAAAGGAAUUUCCUGGAGAAAGUCAGCUUGCUGCUGAGCUUGAGUAUAGAUUUAAAAUAGGUGGCUGCCAAAGAUCAGCUUAUGUACCUGUUGUUGCCGGAGGAAGAAAUGGACUUACAAUCCAUUACACUGCGAAUGAUGAUACAUUCCAACAGAACGAUAUGGUGUUAGUAGACGCAGGAGGUGAAUAUGGAGGAUAUGUUACAGAUAUAUCCCGGACUUGGCCGACUGGAAGGGGAUUUACUCCAGUUCAGCGAGAUUUGUACCAAGCUGUUUUGAAUGUACAAAAGAAAUGCAUUGAGUUAUGCACCACUAGCACAGGAUUAAGUUUGGCGCGAAUUCAUUAUGAAAGUGCUAUUCUGUUAAAAGAGGAGCUUAAGCAAAUUGGCAUAUAUGGCUCGAAAUCGGAAAUCGAGGAUGUUUUAUAUCCACACUCUAUUGGUCAUGAGAUUGGCCUAGAAAUCCACGACUGUUUUACCAACAAUAGCUUUUCACCGUUAAAGAAAAACCAAAUCGUGACUAUAGAGCCCGGAAUCUACGUUCCCAUGAAUAACCGUUGGCCAAAAUGGGCACAGGGGAUUGCUAUUCGUAUAGAAGAUAGUGUUGUUGUGGGCGAAGAAGAAUCUCUUGUUUUAACAAAAGAUACGCCAAAGGAAGUUAAGGAAAUCCAGAGUCUACGCGAAGAAAUUACUUUGUAAGUUCCGUUUCCAUUUGCGUUUCCGUUUAUAUUUCUACUUUUAUUUUUUUGGGUAUUAAGGAACAAGUUGGAUUUUGUGGUACUAUUUGAACACUGAAGAAACAGAAAAGAUCAAAAAAUGGUAUAUUGGUAUUAAAUUGUUUCCCUAGAAGUAUUCUUUAUUGAACGAAUAAAAGUUAUUUCAAAAACCUAAUAUUAAAAAAGAUUAGGCAUCCGUAAAGUAUGGUUUCUCCGACUUCGACAGUAGGCGCUUAAUUCCUUUAGCACUUUGCUAUUUUUCCAUCGCUCAGGUAUUUCACGUUCGCCAGAUGACCAAUAUAAUCUAAUAAAAAAAAAGGUUAGGAAACAAGAAAACAAAUAAUCACUUGAUACUACUUACAUAUCCCAAUCAGGCUCAUCAAGGAGACGGUCAUAUUCUUGGAGAUCAGAUACAGAAUACUUAUCCAGCUUCGUUUUAGCAAAGUUUGACAAGAGUAGAUCCGUCUCCAAAAUUCCUCUUUUUCUCGAUUGAUACUUUAGUCUUGCCCGUUGUGAUUCCUCUGUUUCACCUUCACGAUCAACUCGAUUUAAAUCACCCUUCGUGGUAAUGAAGCGCAAGCCAACAAAUCCUUUUAAAUGUAAAGAAUUCCUUACAACUGAACUAUUGAUCUGAUUAAAAGACGUUCUCAACAUUUUCGCUGAUAUUGGUUAUGAACAUAGCUAAUUUCGGAGCGAAUACGUCGACUAAAGAAAAGACAACUUAUAAACCGAUACCCAAAUUAAUAACUCAAUAAUCUUUCUAUCUUUUCAUUUCAUUCAUUCUUUUCGUAAUCUUUGUUUUUA